CAGUGGAGCUGAAGGUUUUGAAAGGUGCCUUAGCACAGUUUUUUGAUAUAAACAGUGUUUCCUGUCUUUAAAUGAUUAAUAUUCCUUGUAAAGAAUGUGAAUCCCGUUCUCAUUUUGUGCUGGUAGUACAUGUCUUGGAGAGACAUGCUCAUUGCAAAGCACCUAAAUUAGGAAGGCAAAAAAAACAACGGCAUUGCAUGGAUGACUGAACACAGCAGCUGCAUGUGACUUGUGAAGAGCUAUCCAAGUCGAGAUUCGGAGGAAAACUGGGAUUCAGUACUCUGGCAUACAAAAUUAUAUAAAAUUUUAUACUUCAUACACACACACAAACAUAUACACACAUAUAUAUAUACAUAUAUAUAUAUAAAAUUAUAUACUUCAUUCUGCUGUACCGUUCAUUCUCUGGGACCAAUGUUAGUUGUAGUUCCACCUGGGUUUUUAAUACUGUAUAAAAUUGUAUGAUUUAAUCCUAAGGCAUUAGGCAAGACUAGGCGAAUUUUAUAUUUAAGUAUUUACAUUUUAUCCAUAUGCUGGCAUUGGUGUUUGUGUAUGGCAUGGUACAGUAGUUGCCCAGCUCUAGUUGCAGAUGUUGCUUGAUAAUGUUUGCGUGCUUUCUGUGAUAAUGGUACUUUUUUUCCAUAGAUCUGGGCUUUCACUUGUAGCUUGCAGCGCUUUCAAAACAACCAGUUUUCAUUAAUGAAAUGCUUAGCUUUUUGUUUUAGUGCUUUUUAAUGAAUAUAACAAUUGUACCAAUUUCAUCUGAUAGUACAUUCUUUUGGCUUGGAAAGUGUCUGAAACAUUUAGAGGAGAUGGCAAAUUCUUCCUGAGCUGACCCACUGCCGUAGGCGUAGGUUAGGAAUCAAGAGACUGACUUUGAUAUGUUUAACCACCUUUUAAAGGAGUGACAUGCAAAGUGACCACAGUGGAGCUUGGAAAUGUCCUACUGAACUUGCAGGGUUGUCUUUCAAUAGGAGUUGAGUCCUGGCUAGACUCUGUGAUCCUCAUAAGUCAGCAUGUCGAUAAAUCUGAGUGGUCUCACAGCCCUCUAGCAGUAAGAGCUUUGAGCAACAGCACUAGGUGUUCAAGACACCUAGAACUGGAAGGAAAUGAGAUGCUGUUGAGCUGCUUUCUGUCUCUGGUCAUAUCUAAAUGCUGUAGGAAGUUGCAGUCAGUAGAAUCGCAGCAGUGUAUAUAGAGUUGUUGUUGCGAGAAUUGCCUGUCCUGAGAGAUUUAAAAUAAGGCCUGUGUGUUUCAGGCACUGCUGUGCCAGAUUCAUUUGCCUUUGUUUCUCUAAGCCUUUGGGUUGGUGCAGUGAAUAGCUGCAGAGGUGUUUUUUCAUGAUGCGCUGGCUUCGGGAUGUACAAAAGCCAGCAUUCCUCCCCCUCCUUGCCUGAUGGGCCAGAGUGUGGCUAGGAGAAGGAUCUCUCUCUUAAACUGCAGACACCGGUGUAAGAGUUUUGAGUUGAAUUUGUGACACUGGCAGAUUUUGUCAGAAAUUUGGGCACAGUCUUUAUUAUAUCAUGUCUGAAAUCACUCACCUUGAGAGUGUGUGUGGGGAACACCAGGAAUGCUUUUUUCCCUGUAUGUCAGCCACCAUUAGGAGCAAUAUAGCUCAGCUGAGGGAUGUGCUAUGAAAAUACACAGCCUCUUUGCUGCACAGAUGUUUCUGUUGUGAGCUUUUGAAGUAGAGCCUCUAAGCAGAGGUCGUUCUUUGCAAGCCUUCAGAUCUGCUCUAAGCAUGUAUUCAGUAUUUCCUAGCUGCAUCCUUCAUUGCAUGGGAAUAUUCUCUAUUAAUACUGAGUCUCUUCCUUACAAACGGGGAUGGGCCUUUUUAGAGCUGACUAGGAUGCCUUCUUGUUUAAUGUGCUUACAAGGAAGGAAGCAGCCAAAAUGCCACCCCCCAUCCCCCAGGACUUGGCAGGGGGCUGGGUGUUUUGAGUGUGUUUGGCAGAGUUUUGGUGUUCUGACUCAGCAAAUGGUAACAAAGAGAGGACGGCGGAGCCUUCCUUUAUUCCAUGAGCCUUCCUUUAUUCCAUAAUCCUGUUUGCUUUUCUAGAAACCGGCUAUAGCCUCAGAAUCACUGACUCAAUUUUUGGAUCCUAUUUUCAUGACAAAGCGGCUGUCUGGUUUAAAGUGAGCCCAUUAUAAAAAGGGUGCCUCGAAUCCUGGCUGUUUGUAACAGCUUCUGACAUUCCUCCAGCACUAGGGAGUUUGGCUUGAACGGAAAAUGUCCAAAGCCGGACCCAAGGUAAGUUUAUUUGCAGCCUGUACAUGAUAGCCUUUCAAUGAAGGAGCAGAAAUACUGUGUUUGCUCCUGUUUAUAAAUACAGGAGAUGUAGGAGGAGUUAGGAAUACAGAUUUUUUUUUUUUAGGGGAAAGUUGUGGAGGCCUUUGGUUCUGAUGAAUGCUUCCCCUUUCAUCAAUCUGUUGGCACUAGGAGGUGUCUGAAAUCAAUAUGAAGCGUUGUUUUGCUGAAGCUGAGCUCUCCCUAAUCCUUUCCUAGAUCUUGGCUGUUUCCUUUAGGCGUAGUGUUACAAGAGGAUAGAGUUGAACCCAAUGACAGGUGAGGGGAUAUUUUAAAAUGCUCCAGUAAUUGAUGCCCUGUAAACUGAAAGCAGAAGCCCCUGUGCCAGCUGCAAACAUGACGAGCUGCAUUUGCAGGAUACAGUCUCGUGAAAGGCUCUCCUGGGAGGAGCUGAGUCCCAACAACAGCAGCUGCCACCACCCUGCUCCGUUAUGGAGCGAAGGGUGUGCUGUGGCUUCUGUGACAGGCAGAUUCCUGAAUUACGACCAUAGCACCAAAGGCGACAGCAUUCCCGGAGGGAUGAGAAAUGACCUUGUGAUUUGGGGGAACUGUGAGAGAUGGUUUAAACUGGAGUAGGAAGCAGAUCACAAAGCUGAACUUUAGCUAGAGAGAGGUGCAUCAGAGGGGGAUCCAGCUCUAGUGCUGUGAUCCGGAUACCUGCUGGCCCUACGCUUGGAGAGGGUCAGAGCCAUCUUGAAGUCACCAGAGCUGAGCUGGUUGCUCACACAGACCUUAUUGCAGGGUUGAGCCUGGAGCAGGGGUAAAUGGCCAGGAAAGAAGGGGAAGAACUUUUGGGUUUGUGGCCAUUCUCUACAGUGAAGUGUUGAACAGCUAUUAAGAUGUUAUGGACAAGUGUACGUUUUUCCAUUGCAUUAGCUUUUUUCUUGUGUUACAUUCCUCUUAACCUGUGGAGAAUGUGAGAGCCAAGAGGGCAGAGAGCUCAGAGGUAGAGUGGCUUUGUAGGCACUGGCAUGUGUUAUGGAAGAUCUGGGUUCAGUCUCUGCUUCACUGCAUGUUUCCUCUGGGAUCUUGGUGACCUGUCUAUUUCUGAGCAGUCUUUAGAAACUGAACCUAGCAUAGUGCUUCCUUCUAAUCCAGUAGCUGUUAGACUGUGGGAGAGCUGUACCACUGCAUAAAGAAGGUGCUGGGGAAUGUAACUGGUCCAUGCUCAUUCUCCUGUCUGCUUGAAGAUACUUCAUAUAUUGCUUCUCUUUCCUGUAGAAAACUCUCUCUAUCCUCUCUCUGAGCAGGCUACAUCCUGACUAUUGAUGCUGAGUUGUAAUGCAGCAAAAUGUUCAAGAUACCUUAGGUCAAGGAGAAUGCAAAUCUCAUCAGUCCCUUAUGCCAUGCUCUUGCUUGACACAUUUUGAGAAGAGAAGAAAAAGACAAAGAGAAUUAAACAUAGCAUUUCUCACAACUUAAGCAAGUGAUCUGCCCUAAAAAGGAGUCACUGCCCCCCAUGCUGUUUUCUUAAAAAGCAGAGGGCACUACCACGCAGUGCGGUUACCACUUAAAAGUUUCCUUGUAACAGGAGUGAUGUUGGGAAGAAAGAUGGUGACUGUUAUGAGGUGGUCAAGGCAGUGAGAAUUCUGCAGUUGUGUAAGAAAGGUCUACUUUGGCAGAUCUGCUAUCUACUGGGUAAGCCCCAGAGCAGAGUUUGGGCAGUGAGCGGUUAACAGGAUAGUGCUGUAAGCAGAGCAGCUUGAUGGCUUUGCUGAAGGAAGGCGAUUUGUGUCUGAGCAAGAUUUGGCUGAAGCAAACUGAUGAAUCUGGAAUUGAAAUCUGUAAUUCACCUGUCAUUAUCCUGCAGGUGAAAAACAUCAGUCUGCUCUGUUUAUGCCUGAAUCAUUGGAGGAAAGCUGAGAAGCGCUGAGUCUGAACAUCUCUUCUACCUGAAAUGGAUUCAGGGUGUGUGUACGAAGAGCUAUAGUGGAGAAUGGGUAGGCAGGAGCCAUCUCCUUAAGUCUUCCUCUAAAUGCUCUAAGAAUAAAACAAAGAACCGUGAUUUUAGUUGUUCACUGUUCUUUGGCCAUACCUUUAAUGUGUUCUCGGAUUUCUUUGUCUAUGUGGCUUUAUGGGGAAGGUAUCCCCCAAGAAACACCAGAUGGCUUUGCCAAACUGAAGUUCAGUUGUGUUAGUCUGGGUGGGAAGGAACAUCAAAUGAAUCUUCCUAUUCAGUUACAAAAUAAAAGGCCAACUUAACUGAUGAAGCAUGGUUGCUGUGAUAGGGCAUUGCAGGAGGAGCUGAUUCUGUCAGAUACCAGCCACCAAAAUCAAUGCAACUCAUGUGGAGCCAGGACCAGAGGUGGCAGAGAACAGUCCCCUUCCCACUACUGAUCAUCCUCCUGUGAGACAGAAGGAGGCAUCCCUCUGCCUGGGUGAUGCACUGUCUGUAGGGAGACCAGACCUGUGGUCUUACAGAAGUUGGGCAGAGUUCAUCAUCAGCUACUCAGUUGUACCGGACACUCACUAUGUGCAGACACAAGUGGGACUGCAGAUCGGAAGGGGCUGCAGAGCUCAGGGGAUGAGGCUGAGGAGUGCGACAACUCAUGAGCUGUCCCAGUGAAGAACAACAACUGAGCCGUGAAGAGGGGCAUCCCUGCAUGCUGCUCUGCGGAGGGUGUUACUGGGAUGCUGUGACUUGCUUGACCAUCGGUGUCAAGAAGAGGAUUACUGACAGCAAGUAACUGCUGUAGCAUACUGAGGAGGGCUCUAAAUGUUGCCUCUGGGCUGAUGUUGGCAGAUUCUUUUAGGCAAUAGCACUAGGGAAAAAAUCUGUACCAACAGCAGUGUCAUGGCUGGCAAAAGCUGACCACCAUGGAUAACCGUACCGCAAUGGGAGGAGGGUGAGGAAACAGGAGCUGGAUAUUUUAGUGCGCACCUUUUACCACCUUUAUUUAUUUGCAGGAAAGAUGGUAGUGAUCUACCAACUCUCCAUUGCGCUGAACAUGGGAAUAGCUGUCUCAGGAGGGAAAGGCAUGAGAACAAGCUGCUUUGCAUGUGCACGUUCCUUCGUAAUGAGAGAUCAGUCCCUUGAAAGUAAGGAACACAAAACCAAGCACAUAAAUCCUCUGGCAUGAUUAGUCCAACUUCCCAGAUAUGUGCUCAGGCUGGUGGCGACACACUGCUCAGCUAGCUCUGGGAAAACUCUGUGGAUGGAAAAAUAGUGAGCAGAUUGUCCUAGAUUUGAGUCUAGCUACUAGGCUGAGACUGAUAAGAGUGUUUUUAACAGCAGCAAUGUUAAACCAGUGCAAGAAGUCAGAGCACACAAAUGAAGUACAAUUAGCUAGAAGCAAAAGGUAUUCAAAUAUCUUAAUACUCAAGCUAUGAAAAAGCUAAAGAAUGAGUUGGUUGUGCUUUUUUAAUGGAUAGUAAAGCUAUGAGCAGGUGAUACUGAGAAUCCUGGUGUGUCUGCUUUGCCUUAGUUGUUGCUAAGUCGCCUUUGGAGACAGAGGAUAAGAAGUCAGACUGCUGUGUGGGAAGAAUCGAUUACAGAGUCCUGCAGGUUAGAUGUUUAAAUCACUGGAACCAGAAGGAGUCUCUCCAGAGCAGUUGGGGGAGUUGACUGAGGCAAUCCCAGAGAUGCUACCAGAAAAAAUGGGCAGGUAUAUGGGGCAGAUGCUGUACUAGAAGACUGGAAAAGGUCAAAUGCUGUCUGUGCUUCAAAUAAAGAGCUUGUCAUGUCAAUUAAGUCAAUGUAAAGCUCUUGAAGAUGCUGGAAUAAGUAAUCAAACAACUUCCUGUUUAACUAAAAGAUAGGCUGGUGAUUGGUUGCAGCUGAGAGUGAUCUGUUGAGACUGCUUCAUGUCAACCAAUGUAAUUUCCUCUAGGAAAGAGUCACAAGAGUUGUGCAGAGGAAAGAAACAGCAAGUGUGACAGAACUUCAUGUUAGUAAUGCUUUUGCCAUUGUCUGACUUUGCAGUGUGACAGACAAGCAAGGGAUAUAGUCAAAUCCUUAUUCCAAAGAAGAGCUCUUAAUGAAUAAUUAUUGUUUGGAAGGAUCUAAAAAUGGAGUUGUACAAACAACUGGCCUGGGAUGGGACUUGGCAAUACUGCUGUGAAGGACUUUCAAGGAUGGAAUGAAGAACACGCACAUCACCUCUCCAAGCCUGGCUGGGUUGGUGAUACUUCAGGCAACAGGAAUAUAUUGUUCACCAGCGUUCAAGAUCACUUUGAAACAGGCAGGAAAAAAAUGGCCUUAAAUGAAGCACUUUUUAAUCAGAUGCCUGGCUGUAAAGCAGCUCUUUAGAAAGAAGCGUGAUGAUGGAUCAGCAAUUUGUGUCAGCCAUAUCACAAACUUGCAACAACAACAAAGCACCGAAACAGAACAAGCCAACUGCAGAUGUCAUCCUUGGAUGUACAAAGAACUGUGCCAUCAAUAAGAUAUGUGUAAUGCUCCUUUUGCUUUUCUUGGCACUUUAAAAGCUUAGGUGGAGCGUGUUGUUCAGUUUUCGGCAUUGCCUUUUGAGGCAGAAAACUAAGGGGGUGACUAGAAAGAGAGUGGUGGACAAGGAGAACAAUUGCAGGGCUAGAAAACAUGAUCCGUGAAAAGAGAGACCUCACCACCCGCUUAUCAGUAAAGGUCUAGCUGCAAACACUCGAUCAGCCAGUAUAAACGAAACAGUUUAAUGUAGUCUGUUAACCAUUUAUGUUAACCAUUUAUGGCUCCCUUAGCUGUGGUUUAGUAGCUAUUGAUCUAGACAAUGUAGAAAGGAAAUAAAAUAGACUUUAUGUGCUUGCUGCAAAGAAGAAAGGGAAUUUACCAAGGGAGUUUUGGGUUGGGACAGCAAAGUGCUGGAAGAGCUGCCUGGGAAUGGCAAGGAGUUGGUGGCAGUGCGUAGUGUAGGGGCCAGAUUGAUGAAUCUGCAGCCAGGGUUAGUUUGGAUACAGUCGAUCCUGCUCCACUGUGAGGCUUCAGGACUUCUUGAUGUCUCCUGAGGGCUCUGUUUUCAAAUAUUUCUAGCCAUGAUGGGCUAGAAUAUGGAUUCUGAAAAAGACUCUGAAAACAAAGUUUGGAGGACUUCAGGGAUAGAAAUCUUACCAUUAAUAAAUGAGGCCUUGGACCGGCAAAUGUGUACGUUCUUAAAUAUGGCAUGUAAGAUGUCCUUUGGACUUUAUGUAGCCUUCAAAUCCAGCAGAUACUAUGUGGCCUUGUCUCUGUUACUAGUAUUUGAAAUUGUUUCUUAUCUCUAAUUAUGAUUUGGCUUUUAAACUCUAGUUUACAUAGUAGCAGAAUAACCUAACUUUUUACCUGUGUAAAACAAGUAUAAGCCUGGAGUGUACAUCUUGUGUUGGUGACAGUGGGCCCUGUCCUGCGGCACUUAUUUGAAUCCACUGCAGCUGCUCUCACUGCAAGGACUAGUCUUGUAGUCUCUUCGGAAGGCUGGAAUGAACUGAAAUAUCAGCAAAGCAGCCUGGUGCUUUGGGCAGAACUGUAAAUGUCCUUCAAAGUGCUUGGGAAGAUUGUCCUAUCCCCCGAAAAGCUAAAUUUGGAGACUAAAUUAACUCAGGCUUUUUUCUAUUCCUCUUCACAUUUGAGGUAAUAGGAGUUACGGAGUGGUUGGGAGCACGUGCUUUGGAGUAACGCUCUUCCAGUAGCAGUGCUGGGGGGGCUCAUGGCUGUCUCUGUGGGAUGCCUACUCCUUUCUCAGUGCAGUGGGAUACGGAACCUCUCUGCUUUCCCUCCUCUGCUUGUGUUGCAGGUCACCUUCUACGAAGACAAGAAUUUCCUAGGCCGUUGCUAUGAAUGUGACAGUGACUGCCCUGAUUUUCACACCUACCUGAGCCGCUGCAACUCCAUCCGGGUGGAAGGGGGCACCUGGGUAGCUUAUGAGAGGCCUAACUUUGCUGGGAACAUGUACGUUCUGACUCACGGGGAGUAUCCUGACUACCACCACUGGAUGGGCCUUAAUGACCGUCUUGGCUCAUGCAAAACCAUCCAGAUACCAAGUGGAGGCCGGGGCCACAUUCAGGUAUUUGAGAAGGGGGAUUUCGGCGGGCACAUGUUUGAAGCCACUGAAGACUGCCCUUCCGUCAUGGACGAGUGGCACAUCCGUGAAAUCCAUGCCUGCCGGGUGCUGGACGGCGUCUGGGUUUUCUACGAGCACCCCAACUACCGGGGCAGGCAGUACCUGCUGCCCAAGGGCGAGUACCGCAAGCCCGUUGAGUGGGGCGCCGUGACUGCUGCCGUCCAGUCUUUCCGCAACAUUGCCGAGUGAAGGGGAGAGGAGCGGUGCCAGGAGCGAGCUGGCCCCUGCUCCGCCACCGGAGGCGAUGAAUAAAGCAAUUGAA